AUGUUUACCAUCUUCCACAAGGGUGUGGCUCCCAGCCAACCCGAGCUUCAGUGCGCUCUUGCGGACGCAGCAGACCCGGGUAACGUUCACUCGGGAGGUGCCGCUGUCGGAGAUUUCCUGAAGAACAAUUCUUCGGCUACAGUGCUGCACAUCGAUGACAACCUCGAGAUUGCCUUUACAGGGGACAAUGGCAGACAAUUUGCCUCGUGCGACGACAUUUUCUGCACCUUCGUCGGCAACCUCGAGAACCUCCCGCAAAUGCGGGUAGCGUACGGUCUCACCCGGUACCGGAUCUGCGAGGCCGCGUUCGUGAUCGAGGUGUACAAGACGCUGCGUGACAGAGCUCCGUGCACAGUGGAACACGCCCUUUCAGAGUUCCGGGGUCCGUUUUCGUUCGUGCUGUACGACCAGAAGCAGAAGAAGGUGUUUGUCGCUCAGGACGCGUAUGGGAAGCGACCGCUGUACUGGGGACUGUGCAAGGACUCGGUUCUGGCGAUUUCGGACAAGUGCGACACGCUCCGGAAGAACUGUGGACGCUCCUUCGCUCCCUUCCCCAAGGGAUGCUACUUCUCCACGGCAGCGGGACUGAACAGCUACGAGCACCCUGAUCGCAUGCUCAAGGCCGUGCCGCACAUCGACAGCCAGGGCCAGCUUUGCGGCUCCACCUUCGUCGUGGAUCAGAAGAUGCGCUUCAGACAAAUGUCGCAAGUGGGGAGCGAGUGCGAUCUGACAGCCAUCUAG